GGGGCUGACCGGCUAGCAGGCGGCGCGAGGGCUCCGGGUGGCCGUCCAGGUGGGCACUUGCGGUCCCCCAGGAGGGGACUCCCGCCGGAGUAAUCCACGACUUUGGAAUGGGAGCCUGGCCCCUUCCCCACUUCCUGUGAUCACGCCGGCGGCCGAGGUCUCUGUGGGGAUGCCGAUAUACCACCAGAAAGCAGACUCUUCGGAGAUGGACUCUGACUUGUCACCCAGCUGCGGGCUCAGCGACCUGAGCAGAGGGGGCAGUUUGGAGAGCCGAAGUAGCAGUUCGCGCUCCAGAAGUUUCACUUUGGAUGAUGAGAGCCUGAAGUACCUCACCCACGAGGAAAAGGACGUCAUCCUGUUUUUUGAAGAGACCAUUGAUUCCCUGGAAGAUGACUUUGAGGAGCCAGACCUGUGUGACAGCGGUGUGCACUGCCACUCUCUGCGGUCUCUGGAAGAGGGCACUUCCAGUCACUCCGAGCCAGAAGAUGUCAUCGAUUUAGUGCAGCCGGGACCUGCCGCUGGGGAGCCCGAGUGCCUUCCGGAUGGGACCGAGGCAGCGGGGGCUGGACCUGUUGGAAAGGAAGACAUUCCUGAUCUUGAGUGCAGGAAGCAAGAUGCUGAGAAUUCUCCUUCUCCAGACUCCACGGUCCCAGAGGCCCCUCCUCUGUCGCCUUCCCUGCCUGUCCCCGCAGCUCCAGCCCACUCCAGGAAAGAGCUGCUCUCUCCUUCUCCUCCAGCAGAGCACCCGAAACUACCCCGCUCGGUGCCGACCCCACUUGUCAUCGCCCAGAAAAUUUCCGAGAAGUUGGCAGGAAAUGAAGCGCUUUCACCCACAUCCCCCUCGAAGGAGGGCAGGGCUGCAGAACGGAGGACACUGGCUUCUGGAGCCCCUCGAAAUGGAGACCACUUGCUGUGGCACAGACAGAUGACACAGCCUGCACCCAAGAUCCACCGCUUCCCGAGCAACAUCAGCGUGACCAACAGCUCGGGGAAGGAGUUCAGCAAGACCAUCUCCAAAGCGGCCGUCAAUGUGCGGGAGCGGAAAGCCCAGGUCUUGGCCAACAUUAAUGGUGUCUCUUUCCUCACCAUGGGAGAGACGGAGAUUGCCCCCAAGGGUGAUCUCACUGAGCAGAGGGGCACGCGUGACCAGAGCAAGCCAGGCCCCUUCCAGGAAGCCGUAUUCUUGCGGGCAGGAAGGCAGACCAGUGGUCAGCAGUCCAGAGGCGUGCAGACAGAACAGUCCCCACCAUUGGCCAAUGGCUUCCAGAGCAUCCACGAUGUCCUGAAGAGUGAGCCUGGCGCCUUUGUCUCUCCUGGAAAAACUGUCACCUUCCGUCCGGACCCAGCGCUUCCCAGUAAACUUGCGCGCCAGAACGCCACCAAGAGCUUUUAUGAGCACCGGCAGCCGGACUGCAGCCAGGACGCUAGGAAGCGGUCGGGUUCGCUCCCCAGGGCCGUGGGGUUCAGGCCCCAGGGCAUCACCGUGCAGUUCUCUGGCCGAGGCUCCACGGAGGAAGCCCGACGGGAGGCCCUGCGGAAGCUCGGCCUCCUGAAAGAGAACUUGUGAUGGAGAGUGGGCAGGGAGCUGGAGCAGGCGUGAUGGCCCGGUGUG